GGCGCUCCGGCACUCGUCUUUCUGCUCUUGAGCUCGUCGGCUAGGCUCUCCUCGAGUCCCGCUCUCCCCCCACUUCCCUCGCCCUCCCCUCCCGUCACCCUUCCCCGACCCCACCCGAGCCCGGCCCUCGGCUGCCCCGGCCAUGGCGUGUGGAGCCACUCUGAAAAGGACUCUGGAUUUCGACCCGCUGCUGAGCCCGGCGUCCCCGAAGCGGAGGCGAUGUGCGCCAUUGUCGGCGCCCACCUCGGCUGCUGCCUCUCCGUCGUCGGCAGCCGCGACCGCUGCCGCCUCCUUUUCGGCUGCCGCCGCCUCGCCGCAGAAGUAUCUCCGAAUGGAGCCGUCCCCCUUUGGCGACGUCUCUUCCCGUCUCACCACAGAACAAAUUCUGUACAACAUAAAACAAGAGUAUAAACGCAUGCAGAAGAGAAGACAUUUAGAAACUAGUUUUCAACAGACAGAUCCAUGUUGUACUUCAGAGGCACAACCACAUGCAUUUCUCCUCAGUGGACCAGCUUCACCAGGGACUUCAUCUGCAACGUCCUCACCAUUAAAAAAAGAACAGCCCUUAUUCACUCUACGGCAGGUUGGGAUGAUCUGUGAACGUUUGUUGAAAGAACGUGAAGAGAAAGUUCGAGAAGAGUAUGAAGAAAUAUUGAACACAAAACUUGCAGAACAAUAUGAUGCAUUUGUGAAGUUUACGCAUGAUCAAAUAAUGCGACGAUAUGGAGAACAGCCUGCUAGUUAUGUUUCAUGAAUCACGUUUUCUGCAUUUGUGGGCUGCCUUGUUCCUUGUUGAGUUGUUGCAAGAGGUCCUAAUUAUGACAUGCAGCAAUGCCAAUACCCCCCUGUGAAUACAGGUUAUUUCAAGCUUUCGUCAGUGGCAACCACUCUUAGGCAGCAACUGGUUUCGGAUAUUUCCCUGAUGUCAGUACCAUCUGGAUGUGGACCUUUGCUACCUGUAUUAAUGCCAGUGGCCUCAUUUGCUGUAUCAUUACAAUUUGGCUUCUUAUAUUAAUAUGUUUGAAAAGGAUUAAAGCUGGUAUGCUAAGAACAUGCCCUUCACUGGUUGUGUAAAUAAAACUGUAGAAUGACACUUCAGAUGAAGUUAGUGUGAUUUUAAUUGUGCACUACAACCAAGCUGUAACCAGUUAUUAAUAAUCUAGAAUGUAAUCCCAGGACAUUAUUAUUGAAGGAGGGAGGGCAUUUCUGUAUUCCAGGACUUCUUGGGGUUUCAGAAUGGAUUUUUCUUUUCUUAAGUUUUCUUUCUUCUUUUUUUUUUUUUUUUUUUUAAUUUGGUAGUUUUUAUUUAUUCUAUCAAUCGUUUUAACAAAUGUUUAUUGCUGCAUUUUUUUCCCCAGUGUGUCGUCGUUUUACUGCCCUUGUAGUACUGGAAUUUAGUUGGAAGAAUAAAACAUUUACUUCUAACCUGC